AUGAAAGAAUUUGGAAAGUAUACAUUCUCAAUCAAUAGUCUGUUUGUAACUAUGUAUGUAUACGCUUAUAUUCUCCCAUUAGUAACACAAUACACCAAUAGCAUAAAUGGCGAGCUUGAAGGAACUCCUUUACCGUGCCUCACUUCUGGUUGUAAUUGUUGCACUGUAUUACUGAUUGCUAUCAGUUGGUAUCCUAGCUGUAUAUCCCCAUAG